AUGGCACAAUGGUGGCAGAUCCUCUUGGGAUUGUGGACGGUCAUGUCUACCUCAUCGGGGGACAAGCCAGUCAACAUCUGCAUGAAUGCCAAGCACCACAAGCAAGAGCCUGGCCCAGAAGACAAGCUCUACUUGGAGUGCGCUCCCUGGAAGGACAAUGCCUGCUGCACGCUCACCACAAGCUGGGAAGCCCACCUGGAUGAGUCCUUGCUCUUUAACUUCAGCAUGAUGCACUGUGGACUGCUGACCCCCAUGUGUCAUAAGCACUUCAUCCAGGCCAUCUGCUUUCAUGAGUGUUCCCCCAACCUGGGGCCUUGGAUCCAGCUGGUGAGCAGACAGGAGGUGGCCCCGCACAGGCGGGAAGAACGGGUGUGGGGCGUGCCGCUGUGCCGGGAGGACUGUGAGGAGUGGUGGGAAGACUGCAGCUCAUCUUACACUUGCAAAUCCAACUGGCGUGGUGGCUGGGACUGGAGUCAGGGGAAAAACCGCUGCCCGGUACAGGCGCCCUGCCGCCCUUUCUCGGAUGUAUUCCCCACCCCCACUGAUCUGUGUGAGAAGAUCUGGAGCAACGCAUUCAAGGCCAGUUCUGAGCACAGGAAUAGCGGCCGGUGUCUGCAGAAGUGGUUUGAGCCCACCCAGGGCAACCCUAACGUGGAAGUGGCCCUUCACUUUGCCAGCUCUGCCUCAGCCCGAAAGCUGUCUUACAGCCUCUCAGCCUUCUCUCUGUACCUGCUGCUCCAUUCCUGAAAGUCCCCUCUCCUACCCACAUCCCUUGAUCUUGCCAGGUCCUGGCCAUGUCCUUCCUCAGACUGCUCAGGGUGAGAGCAGGCUGGUGCCUGAACUUUCCGUGCAUCCGGGGUCCCGUUCACUGGUUGGCUCUGCCUCCACUGGCCUGGAUGGCUGCUGGUACCCAGCAGUCUAAGGUGACUGGUUUUCCCUGCCUUUAGAAAAGGUACUAUAGGACUCCCCGCACUUCUCACCAUGUCCACGCCCAUCCUGUUUGUCACACAACAGACAAUGCUGACAGCCAAGUGCCCUGUCCUGUCAUGGCACCCUCAGUAAAAUGACAGGGAAACUCUUCUUUCAAUGUGUCACUCUGUUCCAGUCCCAAGAUAUAUAAAGAGGGAGCUGAUUUGUCCUCAAUAAGAUUCUAAUUAUCAUGAUUACUAAUGGGGUAAGGAUUUUUUAAUAUUAAUUGGUCAUUUGGAAUGUUUCUCUGUCACACUGUGUGUGUGUGUGAGUGUAUGUGUGUGUCCAUCCCUUCCCUCUAUCCCUCCCCCUCCCUUUUCUUGAAAAAUACUCUCAUGUAUCCCAGGUUAGCCUGGAACUCAGGAUGACAUUAAACUUCUGGUCUUCUCGCCCCCACCUUCCAGUUGCUGGGAUUGCGCACAUAUGCCACCACCCCCGGUUUCAUGCCGUGCUGGAGAGCUAACCCAGUGUUCUGCACGGGCUAGGCAAGCACUCUGCCAGCUGAGCCACAUUCCAGCCCCUCUCCCUCCUCCUCCACAGUCACAGCAUUCUAGUCUUGCACUUUGACCCCUUGAGCUCUAUCUAAGCUGACCUUUCCACUGUUACUGUCCUUUCCCCCAGCUUGCUAGGCACACACUAGAUCCCCAACCCCAAGAUCUUUCCGCUUGCUCUGGAACAUUUGGUAGUUCUUUUGGUCUUUGUGUAACACUGCUUUGACUUCUCCCCCAUGGAGAGGAGUGAGGCGCUGGACCGGAUGAUUUAAUUUACAAAACCAGGAAAGGAGGGACAUCCAGGGGCCCUAUUUACUGUAUCAUGGAAGGAGCAAUAGCCAGCAGAAUGAGACA